AAAUGAGCGGACAAGUGGCGUCCGGUUGUGCUGCUGUGCUGCUUUCUUUUUGGCUGUGAAGUGCAAAAGAUAAAAGUGCUAAAACAUUUUAGUAUACGCCUAAAGCAGUGAUUUGGGUAUUUUUUUCUUUUGGAGAAGAUAAGACUGGUGAAAGAAAUUAUAUAAAAAAAAUACAUAAACACGCAGAAAAAUCUAUGUAUAUAUGUAUGCGUGCCGUCUUAUAAUACUCAAACACAUAUUUUAUUGAAAUAAAUAAAUUCCUAAAAACAAAAACCAAAAAAAAAAGAGCUAAUAUAAACAAGCAACACAGGAUAAGUGAUUUUUUACCCAACCGCAAUCUAAACAAAAUUACCACCCAUCAACAGCAAAGUGAUCUCGCGCACUCAAGGUCGGUCUAACUCCACAAAACCACCUUUAAGCUACCUCUACAUACAUAUGUACAUAUGAACUUACAUGCAGCAGUUAUAGUUGUACUUAAAAAUGUGUUCCCCAUCCGGCUAUGAUCGGCUCUAUGGCAGAAGCACUUCCGGUCUGGCGAAACUGCUAUGUAUGGUUUUUUCCCUGAGUGGCAUUUUAUGCAUCUUACUCAGCUCAGCGCCACUGACCAAUUUGCGCGGCCUCGUCUACUUGUGUGUAAUGGCUAUCGCUUGUUGUGGCAGUGCACUCGUUUUUCUGGCGCAUUUCUGUGAAAUGCGGCAUUGUCGGCGCCGCAAUGCUUCUAAAUAUGAGCUGUAUUUCCACGCCACACUGGCGGUAAUGUGCUUUCUGGCAUCCUCUGCGGCGUUGACUUUGGCUUUGGUGACAUACUCCAUCGCAGCGUUUUUCGGAUAUGUCGCAUUCUGUUUGCAUGCCUUGGAGGCCUGGUACAACUAUAGGAGAUACCGUCAGCGGGAUGUGAGCACACAAACGUAGUUGUGAGUGGAUUUUGUUGAAGAUAUCAGCAUUUGUUUAUUUUUUUUUUUUGUUAUUAGGAAAGAGUUUGUGUUGCAGCGAAAUCCACUUUGAUGGUAUAUCUGUGCAUGUAGCCGUAGGUACAUACGCCCGCCUCGCUCUACGUUAAUAUUAUACAUAAAUGCUGCCUUCGUACCCUGAUAUUCAAACUAGCUGUACUUCUGUAAUAUGUGCAUAUGUAUGUAUAUAGUAAUGACUAAUGUUCUUGAAUCAUUGUAAGUCAAGUUAAAGCUCUAAUUGUUUUUGAAUCCAUGAAUCAGAUACUGAAUUUGUUUAUCGUUCGCUGAGGGCACAUGAAAAUACUCUGGGCUACUACUUAUAUAUUAAGAUUUAGAUUCAAAGUACUGUGUGCUAGAUAAAUAUGUAUUAAAUACGCAAAACCAAAAAUUUAUGAAAUUGGAUAUAGAUUUAAAAUGGUCUAUGUAAAAAUAUUACGAGUUAAACUCAUGUCAGUGAACUAUUUUAAAAUGUCAAUUCCG